CAGUCAAGCAUAAGGAAGUCAAAAGCACGUUUGCUGGUUGCUUUAUGUCUGCUGCACAGUUUCCCACAUAGACCUGUGCUAAAGAUGCUGUCACGAAAUCUUGUAAUUGCUUCAGUGGCUGUUGUGCUUCUGGCGUCCACCCUAUCAACGGCUCCUGUUGAAGAUAAGGAGCCUGAGGAAAAUGACUUUGAGGCUGAAGAGGGUGAAGAAGAACUGUCUGAGGAGGAAGAGGAUGAUGAUGACUCCAAAGGUCAGCAUAUGAAGGGAGCUGGAUCGCAGCAGGCCACCGCAGCACCCAAAGGCUCGGGUAUGACUCCUGGCAGCGCCGUUGCGGGCGAAUCCCCAAACGGUCAGAAACUUAAUGGCGGCACUCAAACUGGCCAAGUCUCAUCAGGCAGCACAUCAACAGCUUCAAAUGGAGCAAAUGGAAGUAACGGUAGAGAUGGGUUCUCUCAGCCAUCUGGCUCAAGUUCUCAUGAUGCAAGUUAUGGUGGGCAAGAUGGGUCCAAAUCAGAGAUAGUUCCUCCAGGUGUAGGAGCUGGAGGAGCAGCUGCUACUGGAAGUUCAGGAUCUAAAGUCCCUGAUGGGGGUGUCCAUUCAGUGUCCAUUUCUGUAGUGCCAUCGGGUCAAGGGUCAUCAGCCCAUAUAGCAGCAGGUCAUGGGUCAACAAUGUUAUCCAGCCACACUUUUGACCGACCUGCAGCAGGACAGACAUCAGAAGGUGUGGGUGUAGUUUCCUCCGAGGUCCAAUCCCAGCCUACAGGGUCAGAGGGAUUCGCUCCACAUACAGAUGGCUUACAGUAUGAAAAUGGGGAAACAGCUUACGAUGGAUCUCAAAUCGAGUCUCCAGAAAUCCCUGAGAUAGAAUCUAACGGUAAUGGACACAAACAACUACUGAACGGAGGAGAAACAGGAUUUACAGGCUUGGAUCAUUUCAUGACGGGCACAUCUCAGAUUCAAGAAGCAGGUGGUUUUGAUUCAUUUGGCACAAGCUCUCACCUGGAAACGACAGGAGUGAUAGAUCAGUCAAGCCAUGACUUCCUUGUUGACUUAAUGGGUGGAAUAGGAGAGAGCUUUGGUCCAGACACUCAAACAGACGGGCUAGGUACGCUUUUAGACCUCUUAGACACUCCUCCAGACGUUCCACCCACAUGCCUAGUAACUGACGCUGUCUCAACAGAUCACAUGGGACUCGCAUUUCAGGUGGAUUCGGCAGCUGCUGGCCUGAGUCCAGGGCACCCGUCCAGUGGCGGUCCGGUUCUAGACGCUCCUCCAGACUCUCCCGGACUGGAUUACCUGUUUGUUGACAAUGGGAACGGUGAUUAUACCCAUUCAGUCAGCAUUUCUGAUAAUGGAGCCCAAUCAAAAUCACCAGCUGAUACAACAGAUUCGUCUGUAGUCUUUGACACAAUGUCACAUCCGGAUCAUUUCUUCACAGACUAUUCAGAUGGUUGGGCGGAUAAUAAUGGUGCAGAUUUACCCGAUACAAACGGAAAUGGAAACGGUCGGCACAAACCUGUGGUAGACAUACAGAAAGGUGACCCUCAAGGCAUUCAUCUCGACAUCAGCGGAACAGGCCAUCAGGACGCUGCAACGGCGAUGCAUCACACAGCUGUUGGUGCACUUGAUCUAAACGACCACACUCUCAGUCCCUACACAGACACGACUGGAUUUGACGGUGUCAAUGGUGCUGGAGCGCAGACAGAUAUGGCAGGUGCAGGAGGUGAUCCAGUGACUGACGGACAGACUCUAACAGACAUGACAGGGCAAGGACAUUUAGCUGUGACAGAUGGCAUGCCAAAUUACACAGCAGAUUCUGUGCGUGCGACUGGGACUGGAUUUACAGAUGCCUCAGACACACAUAGUAGCAUGGUUCAGACAGACCUACCAGUCACAGGGGAUCCAUUUACAGGGGUUUCCUCACAGACAGAUGCCAUGGGCACAGGCCAACCUGGUGCUACAGAACAAACACAGACAGCUGUAUCAGCAGGUGAACAGUACCACACAUCUGGUCAGGGUUUUGAAGGUGCAGAAAAUGUGGAACUGGAAGAUACCUGCUGACUUCCACAUGAAGCCGCGAGUGAGGUUUCUGCGUUACAGAUUUCAGUGUACGGACCCGUACGCCUGGCAGAGGAACCGUGAACCCGCCCGCUAGACUUUAGCUCUCCCUGUGUGCGUGUCCGUUUGUUUUAUUUUUGACUAUUUAAACAUUCAGAGAAUACUGUAACUUAAUGUUUUAUUGCGCCUGUUAAUAAAAGUGCCCUGUAAGUAUUUUAUUCAUUGGUACAACAAAAGAAAAAUCAAAGGAGUCAAAUGGAGAGAUUAAAAAAUGGCUUUGUAAAUUCAAUGGUCGUUUUCCCCUAUAAAUGUUGCCACUGUAUUUUCUAGCCUAGAUGUUUAAGCAAUAUUCUUUACAAAAGUCACAAUUUGUAUAUUGCUGAAUGUAUGUCAUUCGAAGAUACUCUUUACAUUAAAUUGAACAUCUAUUUUGAACAUCAAA